AUGACUGACGAUGCUUCCACAGCUUAUAUUUGCAUCUAUUGUCCGUUCAAUUCGGAUAAUUUUGAGGCACUCGAAAAUCAUCUGACAAGUGCACACGGAUACGGAUGUCAAGAUGCACCACUACCACAAUCAACAUCAUCAUCGAACAUUAUUACCAAAACUAAUAAACGUGAAGCGCCUGAUGAUGAACAAUCUCAAACAUCUUUCGAUGGUACUACACAGAUAGGAGAACAUUCAUCUAGUGUCAAACGAAUUAAAAGAACACCAUCAGCACUAUCAACUAAUCUUUAUAUUAAUAGUAGUGAUAAUAAUUCGGAAUUUGAAUCUGAUGUUGAUGAUGAUGAUGAACGAGAUUCAUCAUUAAAUCUAACAACAAUAUCACCACAAACUAUAUUAACAUGUCCAAUAUGUGACUCGACUUAUCAUCGUCUGGGUCAUCUUAUACGACACGCUAAACGAAAACAUCGUAUUGAUUUAUCGAAUUAUGAUCAAACACAUUCUUUUGAUACAUUUUCUUCAAAUACUAUAGAAAAAAUUAAUUCCAAUGAACAUAUAGAUAAAAUAAAUUCAACUGAACAACAACCUGGAAUUUUAUCAUCGUCAUCAAUUUCUGAAACAAAUACAAAUUCAACAGCAACAACAACUGAUUGUCCCUAUUGUGAUUUUAAAACAACAGAUAUUGAACAAUUUAAAGCACAUAUUAUUGCUCAUAUACGUGAUAAAAAUUAUCGUUGUUUAUUAUGCAAUCGUUUAUAUAAAUAUCGAGGUGAUUGCUCAUUUCAUAUACGUCGUAAACAUCAUAAAUAUAGUAGCAACUCUAAUGAUUAUAUUCAACGUUUUCUAUUUGAUACGACUGAUGGCGAUGAAUCAUUGUCAACACAAGCAGGUGGACAUGGAUCAUCUGGAAAUGGUACUGGUAAUAAUACACAUUCAGCACGUGAACAAGAUGAACCUGUACGAUAUUUUGGUUGUCCAUAUUGUGAUUAUACAUCAAAUUAUGGUGGAGAUGUUCGAAAACAUCAAACACGUAAACAUCCAAAUGCUGAGUCAAAAGUGGUAAAAAUAAUUCGACAAGAUUCUGAACAACAAAAUCAGAAUGGUUUUGAGGAAGAUGAUGAAGAUGAUAGUAGUCAGAAUAUAAAUUUAACAAAUAAAAUAAAGUCAAUAAAAAAAACCGAAAAAACUUUACCUCAACAACAUUCAUCAUCAUCAGCAUCAUUACCUGUUCUAUCAAAUUUUGCACCUGUUCGAGUUUUUCAAUGUAGUUCAUGUCAUCAACAAGGAACAUAUAAAUGGGUAGUCGAAAGACAUAUACGUGCUAAACAUCCUGAUCAAGCUAAUGUACAUGUUAUUGAAUUACCUGCUGAACUAUCAGUACGAUUACAAAAAAUUACACCACCGUUAAAACGGUUUCGUUGUUCAUUAUGUCCAUUACAAUCAAAACAUAGUUGGGUUGUUAUUCGUCAUAUUAAACAUUUUCAUACAUUGCAGACAGCAAAUGUUAUUGAUAUUCAACCAGAUGGAAAACCAAUUAAUGAAGAAGCAAUUGCAUUUCCAACUAAUGAUUUUUCGACAAAAUCAUUUAAUCAUGACUCGGAAGCAUCAUCAACUAGUAGUUCAUGUGUGGAAAAUGCAAUGGAUUUUUCUCAACAACAACAACAACAACAAGAUAAUGAAGAAGAUAAUAUUCAACCAUUAUCAGCAACAAAUAAUAAUGAUUCAAUGACAUUUGUUUAUAAAUGUUCAUUGUGUGAUUAUCAAUCAACUAUAUCAUGGAAUAUUCAGAAACAUAUUAAUGAAAAACAUGCUGAACAGUCAAAUGCUUAUAUGUUAACACAAUGUCGACAAACAAAAUUAUCAUCUAAUGAUAAUAAUAAUAUUCAAAAAUUAAUUUCGAUAAAAAAAUCGAAACAUAAAAAUGGCUUAAAUCGAUCCUUAUCACCUACAAGUGCUUUAGCUAAAGCAAAAUUUUCACCAGCUGUUGAAGAAGCAUUAUUAUCAUUACAAGGUUCAAAAUUAAAUCCUAGUCUUUAUGCAGUUCAACCAAAAUUUGGUAUUAAACGUUUAAAAUGUCGACAUUGUUUCUAUCGUUCAAAUUGGAAAACUGAUAUGAUUCGACAUGUUAGAAUUAGACAUAAUUUAACUGAACCGGAUCAUAAUAAAGAUAUGAUUAUGAUGACUGAACAAGAAGCUCGUUCUACAAUUGAAUUAUAUGAAAAUACAUUUGGUAAAGAACUUCGUCGACGUACAUUUCGUACCUGGAAUGACUGGGCUAAAGCUGAACAAGAAUUUACACCAAAAGAUGGUUCACUUCAAUAUGCUGAUACAAACGAAGGUCAACUACUACUACCACCACCACCAUCUUCAAAUGAUCAACAUAAAUCAAUUUCAAAAAAAUUCAACGAACAUAAAUCAUCAAAUAAAUCUAAUAUUAAAAUCGAAUCUCAACAAGAUUCACAACCAAUAAUAAAAACCUUGCUUUAUAAUAAAUCAUCAACAUCUACAAAAAAAGAUGAGUUAAAACAAGUAUCGAAUCCAUCUAAUAUUGUUUCUCGUUUACUUCUAACAACGUCACCUUCACAUAAUGAUAAUGAUGAUGAUGAUAUACCAUUAGAUCUUUCACUUAAACCAACAACAAAUAUAAAAACGAAUAACUAUCAAUUUUUAUCAUCAAAAGAAACAUUGCCACAAAAUAUCAAUGAUAAUGUUGAUGAUGAUGAUGGUGAUGGUGAUGAUGAUAAUGAAGAAGUAUUUGAUGAAAGUUCACCUGUUAAUUAUUUAUGUUCUGUAUGUCCUUAUAAAUGUUCUAAUUGGUCGUUAGUACAACGUCAUAUAUCACUACAUUUAACUGGUCAAGGUAUAACUUGUCCUAUAUGCUCAUAUACAACAUCAUCUCAUAAUCCAAUGUUUCGUCAUAUGACAAAUAUUCAUCCAACUAGUCAAAUACCAAUUCAUUUCCAAUUGUCAUCAAAAAAUUCAACUGCACAUAUUAUUGAACAACAUCAAUGUUCAUUAUGUUCAUAUCAAUGUGAUCGUUCUGAAGCAUUGAAUCUUCAUCGUCGUCUAGAACAUGAUGAUGAAGAAUUUGAUAUUGAUUCAUCCGAUGGUGAAGAUGAUAUAAUAGCAUCUACAACUAAAAAUAUUUUUGAUUGUCCAGUAUGUUCACCAUCAUCGAAUACAAAUAAUUUUACUAAUCUUGAAGAAUUAACUAUGCAUGUUAUUACUAAUCAUAACAAUCAAUCAUGUCCAUUUUGUUCAUUUAUUGCUCAUACAACAUCAUCACAAACAUUAAUACAACAUAUAAAACUUCAUUUUAAUGGAACACUUGUGCAACCUGAUUCCGUUGUUGGUAUUGAACAAGUAAAAGAGUUAUUAAUGCUUGAAUAA